GUGUGUAGCUAAAGUUAAUAACAUUCACGUCUUGUGCAGGCGUGUUUUCAAGACGUUAAUGUUAACAAAAAGGUUUUAUUGUGAUUUUCGAGUUGUUUGUGUCCUCGUAAAACGCUAACUACCUCCAGAUCAGACCAGCUUUUAGGGGCCCACAUGGGGAACUUGUCUUGCAGCAGCUAAAACAAGACUAAACAGAAAUAUCCGCCAGUAAACGGAAUUAAAAAAAAAACAAAUAGAAGUUUUUGUCGUGCUAUCCAGUUCUUCGGUGACUUUUUCUUCUGUGGCUACAGGAUGACUGAGAGCUCGGAAAACCUGCAGAAGUACGAGGAGCUGUUUGCCCACAGAUUUACAUCGGAGGACCAUGAGUACCAGAAGUACCUGAACCGUCCAGCUGACCCCCCACCCAUAGUGGAGGAGUGGAGGGGUCGUACGGGAGUAAACCAGAGAGGCAGGGAUAACAGGUAUCAGGACCGUCGUGGACACGGAGGUCGUGGGUGGGGGGGAGGCAGAGGUUGGGGAGGAGGCCGAGGAUGGGGAGGAGAGCGGGGCUGGAGAGGGGACCACCGUGAGCAGCAGCACUGGCAUGACAGAGACAGAGACAGGCACUGGGGGCAUGGAAGUGGGUAUCAGUCAGGCCCUCCUAGCUCCAACCAGGGAUACAACUCCCAUCAUCAGAGACCAAAUUAUGACCGCUACUGAUCUCUAUCUGAAUCACUCAGGUGUUGUCAGUAUUUACAAUAUUCACAGUCUUAUAACUUGCAUUGCAAUAUUAUACAUGGCAAUGUGCAACUUUGCUCUAACAUUGUAAUUGUUUUUUUUAUUAUUGUGAUACAGUUUUAUUGUCUGAAUUAAAAAAAAAAAAAAAAAAAAAAA